AAUGAUGAGCCAAGGCCGAUCCUUAAAUUUGAAGCAAAAAAGUCAAAACUAAUAGAAAAAUGCUCAAAAUACAAGGCUAGCAAUGACAGUUUAGCAUCAAAAAAAUCAUCUGGGGGAUCAGAAAAGCAAAAAGCUGGCAAAUCUUCGAAAAAGUCUAAAGAAGUGUCAAAUGAAGAUCUUACAGAAGACAAACAAUCUCCUCGCACGGAUGUACUGCUUUUGGAAGAUAGAGAGAAGAAACAACCACCAAAUAAAGACAAAAAAUCUAAAAAGUCUUCUUCAAAUACUGAUACAAAGCAAAAAGAACUAAAGAAGAUAACAAGGAAGGAAAAAUUAGACGAGCAAACAGUUGAUUUACCAACGGAGAAAACUAAAAUCGAAGUAGAGACAAAAGCUUCUAAAGCUCCUAAAAAGUCAAAACUUAAGAUUGCUUCUUUUUCUAGAAAGAAUAAGAAUGAACAUGAAAUCCAGAUGGAUGGUGGAUAG